CAAGGACAAGAAGUCAUAAAAUAGAAGAAUUGAAGGUUAAGUGAAAAAGUGAUUUGCGGUUUUUUCAAAAUUUGUUGAGACAAAAGUUUAGUAUUUUCACUUGAACAAAAUGUCUGAUAAGUCACCAUUCGAAGCAGCUCAUAAAGGAGACUUCGAGUAUGUGAAAAGCAAACUGGAGCUUGAGCCCAUCUUAUUGAAACAAACUGAUUCAAAUCAACGAAUGCUAAUCCAUUGGGCUGUUCUCAGUGGCAAUGUGAAACUUGUUUCCUAUUUGAUGGAGCUUGGCUCUCCCAUUAACCCAAUGGAUGACACUGACAUGAAUCCCUUAAUUCUAGCCAGCUCAGCUGGACAUGCUGAAAUAGUGGAAUUGAUACUAGAUAGAUGUGAUGAUGUUAAUCACAAAAACCAGCAAGGACAUUCAGCUCUGCAAUAUGCAGCUUCAAAGAAUUGGCUUGAGGUUUGUCAGUUACUGUUGAAACAUAAGGCUGAUGUAAACAUUGCUGAUGAACGUGGUAGUACUCCACUACACAGAGCUGCUUCUAAAGGAAACAUUGACAUUGUAAAACUAUUUUUGGAUAUCAAAGACCAAUUGAAAAUCAAUUACAGGGAUGUUUAUGGCAAUACUGCUCUGCAUAAUGCAUGUGGUGAAGACAGGCAAGAAGUUGCCUUAUUAUUGGUUGAGAAUGGUGCCGAUCUUGAAAUAAAAAAUCGUGACCAACAGACUCCGUUGGAUGUGUGUUCUGUUAAGCUGGCUAAAUUAAUUAAAAAUAAAGUGGCCCCAUAAAAGUUAUUCUUUAUUAUUCUUGAGAGUUUGGUUCCUUCAACUAAUUCCUGUGUAUUUAGAUCUAUGACUAAUUCAAUGCAUAUGGUAAAACCUAUGAUUUUAUAUUAGCACUAGAAUCAUCAAUCAACUUCUGGACCACAAUAUGACAAACAUCAAUUCUCCAUCACAAAAACAUUCUGCCCUUUAUGCUGAGGGGAAAACAUUACUAUCCAAAAGGUGUAUACCAUAUUAAAAUACCUGCCAAUUGAGAAGUAGGAAUAUUAAUAAAUGGG